AAUCAUUGCAAAUAUUUCCAGAAAAAUGAUAAUUUUGAUGUGGCACACCAAGUGUUUGUAAAAAUGAUUUACCUGUUUUUCUCCAAGCACAUCAAGAAGGCCUAUCAAGUGCAACAACGUGAUAGCCGUGCUCGGCCAAGCUAUUUAUCUGGUAAUUCCAAGAGGACCAGAGCUCAGGGAAGCCAUGAAUCAGCACAAGAUCAGAGAUUAUACGGUUCAAUGGAGUUUUUCAAAUUUGGUCGGUCUGGUUGUUCGCCAAAGAAAUUCAACAGUUUUGACUCAAGAAAGCUUGACCGAACUUUGCAGAAGUGUGGAUCAAAUGCUGUACACUCUCACUAGCCCUCCAUGCAAGUGGGGAUAAGGGCCGACCUGAGGAUUUCAGCCUCGUGGAAGAUCACCACUUUGUCAGUCCAAGAUUGGCUCGGUUCGGACAAAUAUAUCCUCUCAGUUAUCCAAUGGAUGAAGCUCAAGUUUGAUUGUCAAGCUUGUUUACUUAUGAAGUUGAACCUAAAUGGUUCGCAAGUAACUCAUCUCUAGCAGAAUUCUCUCUUCGGCAGCUUACAUGUGAAGAGAUGUAUAGAUGACAAAUCCCAUGAAGAAAAGUUGCAAAAGUGC